UGUGUUUAGUAUGCUGCGGUCGGUGUAUCGGCGCGCCGAGACGAGACGGACGGGACGAGACGAGCGACGGCGGCGACGAGGAGGUGGAGGAAGAGGCGGUGGAAAUCGGUGUGUGCGCUCAUGACGGAGACCUCGUGCGUACCAGUCGCGUCGUCGAGCGGAGCCGAGUCGAGUCGUGUUACGGCCGUAAUCGUGGUUAUUCCUCGCAACAGUUUGCUCCGUGACGACGUCAGUAUCUGUGCGCGAAGACAAGAAACGAUUACCAGUAGAAGAAUUUAAAAUAGUUAAAAAUCAAGUGUAACAAGUCGCGGUGAAACUGAAUGCAAUUCUUUUCCCUACUACACCCUAACUUUUUUUAUCCGAGUACGUAUCGAAGUUUUAAACGUGCAACCGAAGCGCUACUCUCGUUCGACCUCUCUCGCCCUCCGCGAGUUAUAUAUCCGAUCUACGUGCGCUAGUCCUCCCUACUCUCUUUUUCUCGGUGUAUAUUUUGCUCUCUCUUCUAUCUGUCCGUCUUACUCACGCGUUAUCCCUCCUUAUUAGUAUCUCACUCAUUCUCGCUAGCUCUCCGAGCAGCGAUUUCAAGAAUGUGACAGUGCGCGUCCUCGCGGUCGCCUCGCGCGAAUAAGCCCGCAGGCCGGCGACGGCGAUGGGUGACGAGCGACAAGUGUUACGGUGAAUAGUGAGAACAGUGAAGAAGUAGGGGGAAAAGGACAGACGAUGCAAGCGGAAAAUGUCACUCGGUGAUACGCGUAUACGGAUGACGGGGAGUGAUCGACGCGACAAUCUCGAAUUUGAGGUUAAAGUGUCGUGGUCGUCGUCGUCGUUGUUCUUGUUGUUGUUAUGUGGUGCCGGUGCGCCGGCAUUGGCGACGGCACGGGCAAAGGAGUAUCAAGAACGAAAACGGCACUAUCGUAUUCUACAGGGCUUAGCAGCCCGAGAUUCGAGGGACAUUGAUCAAGCGCCGUGGUAUAUUGUUUCCAGACUCAUCUCGUAAACGAAGGAAGCGAAAAAAAAGAAAGAUUCGCAACGAUACAAAACUUUUCGUAAGGCGAUUGUGCCAAUGUACGUAUUAUAUACGGGCGCGCGUGUGUGUUUGUGCUUAUGUGCCGGGUCGUGAGGUUAAGGCACCACAUCGCCUGUCGAUAUACAACGUUGAGGAAAGUCAAGAACCGGUGUCGUGUGUGCGCGCGCGACCGAUUCGUGCUGCUACAUCUAACGGAUAAGAAGUGUAUCGUGAUACUAAUAGUGCGCGUCCGUAACCCCGCCGGCGACCGUUGCACCGUGCACAUCUACGGACAACCAAAGCUGACGUUCGCGAACUGUCGAGACAUCGACAAGUAGACAAUCCUCGUGCCUUUUCACUUAUAUAUUAUGCGCUACGUUUUUUCGUUCUCGAAAAAAUCCUCGAGCACUUUUUGUCUCCGACGACAGCAGCUCCCCUUGGACACCAACUUAUCCAACGCAACACAUUUUCUUCAAUGUUGUCACUUUGUUAUUCAGACGCGAAGAACAUAAGAUAACGUUUCAACGUUCGGUCGACGAAAGCAAAAACAGUCAUUUCAAGGAAAUAAAGUGACGCUUUAGCUGAUAUCGUGGCAUAUAGGUAAAUGAAGAUUCAAGGUUAAUAGACAAUAUUUGUCUCAACCUCGUUUACAACGUUUCGUAUGAAAAAAUUAUUGUCACAAAGGUAAUAUCAUUAUUAUAUCUGUUGAUCCGUCCCAUCACUUGUUACGCGUCACCUUUAGUUGGAAAUAUUUUCGUUUUCUGGAAAGAAAAACAAGAACGAACGACAUUCACGAAAACUAGAGUGUCGCGCGUAUCGGAUCUGAGCAUUUGAACCAGUUUUAGCGCGAAACGAACGCCAUCGUUCUGCCACAAGGGGACUGUCAUACUAUUUCGGGACCGUGAUCCAAAGUGCACGAGAUACGUAGAGAGCAUAAAUAAAUAUACGCGCGUGUUCUGGCCCCGUCAGAAGUCUCGAGCUGGGGACCGUCAUUCGUCUGUGAUUCCCUUCGGUCGUAUGUGUGUUGGCAUAAGGCGGCGUUGUUGUUUUUUUUUCUUGACAGUGUAUAACCGCCCGGUGUAUAUACUUCUCGUGUUCCGUUUUUUCGUCGUCGUCGUCACGUUGGCGAAAGAGGAGCGGCAACGGGGAAACUCAGCACUGCGUAAGGGAGAGAAACGAGGCGCGGGUAGAGGAAAUUUGUGGAGGAAGAAGAGCGAGAGGGGACGGUGGAGGUGGUGGAGGGGGUGGUGGAAAGUGGCGUGUCCAGUGCGCGGUGGUGUGACGGUGUCGCGUCAGGCACCGAUUCCAAAUAUUUCACAUUUUCCGCGCGGCUACGUUGAAAAGUACUGGCCCCCAAAUGCACGUACCGCAAAUCCUGUUUCAUGUUCAUGUUCUGGAGCAAACGGACGGCGCUCACUAGACGUCUCCUAAAGGCCAAGGUCCGUGGAGAGCAUGAAACCGAGUGUGAAGCUCAAGAGGAUUCGUCACGUAUUCAUCGCGCAAACAACACGAGUGGCACCGACAACGACACGACGAGCAACGUGACGGCAACGACGGGCCAAACAACCAGAGGAGCGCGUGGAGCGUCGUCAGGAGGUGCAGUCGGCGGCGGGAGAGGGGGAGGCGGUGGAGGAGGAGGAGGAGGAGGAGGUAGCCGUAUCUCGUCGAGUAGACUACAUCAAGGUUGUUGCGGCGGUGAUCAGAGCCAGGAUGAUGACGAGGAUCCCGUUCUGUUGAGGUGCAAGGAGCUCCUCAAAUCGCUCAAGGAAAAUCAACUAGAGAUGUUACUCACCGCCGUCGAAAGUUGUGGUGCCGAUCUCGGCUCGUGCAUCCUCGUGCCACGCCAGCAUACCGAGGACGGUUACGAUACCGAGCAACAAUCGCAACAACAACAACAGCAACAAUGUUAUCGUCAUCAUCGUUACCACCAUUGUCAUUACUAUUAUCAUCAUCCAACGCAUCAUCAUCACUAUCAUCAUCGGCAUCAUCGAAGACAUCAUCGUUCCUCGUCCUUGGAGAAGGACGACGAUCAAAACUCUGAAUCAGAGGAUUCGUGCGCGUCGCCAAUAAGACCAGAUCGAUGCAGAGUACCUGUUCGUGGCUCGCUCGACAAUAUGCCAAUCGAUCCUCACCUGCUCUGCUGCCAGAUCUGGCGGUGGCCGGAUCUCGCUCAUUCGUCGGAGCUCAAGAGACUUCCUGUCUGUCAUUCCGCUAAAGACCCUGUAUACAUAUGCUGCAACCCUUACCAUUGGAGCCGGCUUUGCAAACCCGAGUCGCCACCACCCCCGUACUGCCUUAUUGCCGACAGACUGAGACCCGAGGAUCGUGCGCCCAGCGAAGGGGAUCAACGUCGGUGCAAAAACAGCACACCCCUGCCGCUUCCCGGCUCCCUUACCACCAACGGAGAAGGUGAAACAGGACAAAAAGAAUGGUGUACAUUAGCAUAUUGGGAAUUGGGUGGUAGAGUAGGUCGUCUGUAUCCUGUAGAACCUUCAACAGUAAAUGUUUUUGAUUCCCUCCACGAUGGUGAUGGCCUUUGCUUAGCAACACUGGCUGAAAAUCAUGUUGCACCACCUGCAGUCCAAAGAACAAGAAGCAAAAUUGGUCUUGGUUUAAUGCUUAGUCAAGAAGCAGAUGGUGUGUGGGCGUAUAACAGAUCUGAGAGCCCAAUCUUUGUGAAUUCACCUACUCUGGAUGAUCCAGAGUCAAGAACACUACUUGUCUAUCGUGUGCCUCCAGGCUUUUGUCUGAAUAUCUUUGAUCGUACCAAAAUUCUACAACUUCCAUAUGGUAAUGGUACCACAAGAACAAGCAAUCAGGCUUCAGGCUUUGCCUCUGGUCCUGUUGAUAUCAACUCCGUCCGUAUCAGCUUCGCCAAAGGCUGGGGACCCAAGUACUCAAGACAGGAAGUCACCUCUUGUCCAUGUUGGCUCGAAGUACUCCUAGCACCAUGCAGGUGAUCCUUACAACUUAUUAUGAAGGUACACAGUCUCGUCCGUUUGCGCCUCUUCUUCCUCUUUGUCGUCCUCCAAGAGGACCGAUCUGUGAAACUGACGCAGCAGCGACGAAGCUCCGUCCUAAAGGCUGCCAACGGAUACUCAUACGACGUGGAUCGCCGCCAGCAGUCUUACCAAAGUACGCCGCCAUACAUCCAGGAACAGCGUCGUUUUAUUAACAGAAGAAAACGAGAAUCAUUUGACAAAAGCGUUUUAUAUUCUUGUGCCUAUGAACGGAAGACACACAGUUUAUACGUGGUACUCGAUUUUCAUUUACCCUAAAAUUGACUAAUCAUUGACUACAUUAUAUCGCAUAUUCUUUUUGAUUGGUCAAUAAUACUGUUGUACUUUCUUGAUAAUGUUAAAUGAGAUUUUAUAAAAAGUGAAGCGGUAAUUCCCGCUAGGUCUAGUCAGUGGUAUUUAAUGUUUUUAAGCUUGAUGUUAAUGUGUCUUGCAUUAAGAAUAUUAUAAUAUAAACAACAUUAACUGAAAUCAUGGAAAGUGCGAGAGUAAAAUUGACGCGUCAAUAACAUCGCUCUUUUUUUAUGAUAUUGAUCAUAAGUUUAAUGUCUGUACUGUCUGGCCAUGUCCUCGUUUAUGAUUAAUCAUUGUACUGCAAGGAAGCAGAAACUUGGGCUUCCGGUAAGGUCUAGUCAAUGGUGUUUGAGAAUAUGGAAAACUCGUUGGUUACAUGGAUUGAAAAUCCAUUUAAAUUAUCAAGAAACGAGAACACUGCCAACAGAAUCAAAGGAAGUACUUAGUGUUUUAUGUUACCUUUAAAAAGACUUUUACUUUAAUGAUUAAAAUAACAAUAUUUGUAAUAUAAAUUUCCUGCUUUUAUAUUGAAUUUAAUCAAAUACGAGGAAAGAUUUGUUAGUUAAAAAAUAUAAAAAAAUUUGCUCGAUUAGAGAUAUCUUCGUCAGUUUAUUGCCUAUCUAAUUAAGUUCUGCCGAAGAUUUUUAUUAAUCGAUGUUGAGAAUAUGAGAAAUUUACAAAACUUUUCUCAAUUUCUUUAAUUUCGUAUGCUGUAAAUCGGUAUUUCAACAUUGAAUUGUAAUAAUCUUGUAAUGACAUUUUCAUGGACAUUCAAAUGUCGUGUACCACAAUUACUGUUGUCUCCGAUCGCCGUUCGGUGCUGUACAUACGUAUAUGUACAUACACUGUGCCUUCCCAGCUUCCUUUGUGGUGCAAUGCACGAAUGAUAGAACGAAUGCAUGUGUGCGUGUAUCUAAGAAAAGUGAGAAAAAAUGAGAGAAUUCCGCGUGCCAGCUACGUUUCGCACCAAAAUCCCCGAGAGCUUCGUACUACAGUAAUACGAUACUGUGAUAAAAGUUCGAACCAGGUCUCUUUUUCCUUCCUUUUUUUCGAACGCGUUUAUGAAGCACCGACGAUAAAAGAAAAGCAAUCAAUUUGUUAAAAAUGUGUAUAAUAUGUGCAAAGAGACAAACACAUGCUUAAUAAACAAUAGUCCAUAGACUUGAAUCUAGAAGAAAUGUUGAAUUUAUAUAAAAGUACUGUUUUCUCGGUUAAUUUUGUACAGUUUUGAAAGAUAUGACGAAAUUAGUGUAAGUGAGUGGAGUUUUACAAAUUUUAUCGCGAAAGUCUUCAUUAAGAUCUGCCUCCAAAUCCAAAUACGUAUAUCAGCGUGAAAGAAAGGAACACAUUAUGCAAGUUAGCGGUUUGCGCAUAGCGAAAGUAAAAAAAUGUGACUGUUAUGAGAGAAAAAAAUGCAUGUACAGUUCGGAACGAUGAUGUUAUUAUACGUGCAUACGAUGUAACAUGUACCACCAGUCAUACGUAUUCAUCCAUACGCAUACGCAAUACAAGCAUCUAUAAAACACAAUUGACUGAUCGAAUAGUUUUUUUUUUUCGAGCUAUUAGUUAUUUUUUUCGUACAAUCGCUUUUAUCGAUAUAAAAGCGGAAACAUAUGGAUUGUAAUCUAUUGCGAUACGAUUCAUGUGACACGCCGAACGAUAUAUUGUGAUGCGUAUAUUGUCGCUUAAAUGUUAUAUAUUAAUGUGUAUACAUAUGUAUACAAAAAUGUUUAUAGGUAGCUAGUUAUAUCUAUUGCAAUGGUGAAUAGUGAUUCUUAGAUCUAUAUAUGAGGUUAGAAAGUUGGCACUCUUAGAAUUACAUGAUAUCUAUAACAUCGUUUUACGAAGUAUCGUUAAACAAACAAUGUUAACCUCGAAAAUACUUUUGAAACGAUUGUAAUUAUGGAAAUGUAUUCUUGGAACGCUUUAUAUAUAAUCAUAACAUAUAUUGAUCUAAGAAUUGCUGAUGAAAAUAACGACAAAGAAGGAAUUUUUUGUCGAAAAGUCGUCUAUUUCGGACAGCUACGUUGCUUUUUAUAGUUUUUUUUUCUAACUUGCUGUUAUAGUCGAGGUUGGCUCAUCGCUAGAAUUGAACCAAACGCGUGUGGUCAGUCUGAAAACGAUUUUUCGAAACGAUCUUCGGGUAAAUUCGGAGCGCAACACGACGAUCCAUAUAAUUUGUAUAAAUAUUUUAUUUUCUUUCGUAAAAAUUCGAUUAAAAAUAAGUUUACUUAUUUGUGAAUUAUAUAAUCUCCAUUUUGCAAAUCAAAAAACAGGUAUUCUACGUAUAAUUCGUGAAAUUUUUUUUUUUUUGUUAUAACAACCGAAGACAAAAAAUUUGGUUGUGUCUGUUCAUAAUUAUUACCGAGACACAGUUUCCAUAAACAUU